AUCAUGAUUCUGGAAGGAAGUGGUGUAAUGAAUCUCAACCCCAGCAACAGUCUCCUCCACCAGCAGCCAACCUGGACAGACAGCUACCCCACGUGCAAUGUUUCCGGCGGGUUUUUCGGAGGCCAGUGGCAUGAAAUCCAUCCUCAGUACUGGACCAAGUACCAGGUGUGGGAGUGGCUCCAGCACCUUCUGGACACCAACCAGCUGGAUGCCAGCUGCAUCCCUUUCCAGGAGUUCGACGUUAACGGCGAGCACCUGUGCGGCAUGAGUUUGCAGGAAUUCACGCGGGCGGCAGGGACGGCGGGGCAGCUUCUCUACAGCAACCUGCAGCAUCUCAAGUGGAACGGCCAGUGCAGCAGCGACCUGUUCCAGUCCACACACAAUGUCAUUGUCAAGACGGAACAAACUGACCCUUCCAUCAUGAACACCUGGAAAGAAGAAAACUAUUUAUACGACACCAGCUAUGGUAGCACAGUAGAUUUGUUGGACAGCAAGACUUUCUGCCGGGCCCAGAUCUCCAUGACAACCACCGGUCACCUUCCUGUCGCAGAGUCACCUGAGAUAAAAAAGGAGCAAGACCACCCUGCAAAGUCCCACACCAAAAAACACAAUCCACGAGGGACUCACUUAUGGGAAUUCAUCCGUGACAUCCUCCUGAACCCAGACAAGAACCCGGGGUUAAUCAAGUGGGAAGACCGGUCUGAGGGCAUCUUCAGGUUCUUGAAAUCGGAAGCUGUGGCUCAGCUGUGGGGGAAAAAGAAGAACAACAGCAGCAUGACCUAUGAAAAACUCAGCCGAGCGAUGAGAUAUUACUACAAAAGAGAAAUUCUGGAGCGUGUAGAUGGACGAAGACUGGUAUAUAAAUUUGGGAAGAACGCACGUGGAUGGAGAGAAAACGAAAACUGAAUCUGCCAACACUUGAACACAGACCAACACAUACCCCAAAUGAUAGCCAACCAAGAAUUCCUGGACACGAGUAUUUCAAAGACUACUCUCAUAUUUAUGUACCAUGAGGAGAGGGAACAGCAUCCGCUUCUAACGGGAAGAAGGAACACUACAGUCGAUAAAAUUAUUUUGUUACUUUGAAGUAUGUCCUAUAUGGGGAACAAAUGUACACAGUUUUCUGUGAAAUAUGAUGCUUGUAUGUGGUCGUGAUUUGUUUUUGCCUCUGUUGUGAAGUUCUUUUCCACUGCAAGAAGAACAGGAUUGGUAGCCUUACGCUUCUUGCGAAAAGAAAGAAAAAAAAUAUUAGAGGGCAUUAAAUGUUUUUAUAUGCAAAAUGAUUAGGAAAAGGUGAUGCGUCCUCUGCACUUACGCAUCACAUCCACGUGGCCUCAUCAAGAGAGGUGGAUGUGGUCAUGAGCAUCGACUCCAAGGUCUCAGACUGACAGGAUGAACCAGAGGAUGCUGGGAAGUUUAACCUGGGCUUUAGGAGCCCGUGAGUGGAACAUGAAGAUUUCCAAAAUCCAAGUGGACUUUGAUCACAGCAUAAUCACAGGACUUGCAAUGCUUAAAUCAGUGAGAAGAAUAAUGGUUGGGGGCUUUCUACUCAUUCAAGAAUGAUUUACCUGAUGCCAAGGCUGUUUUUCUCCCUCCCCUUUGGAUGAUUGGGGGAAAAACUUCAAUUGCCACCUCUGCUCACUUCUAGAUCUUUAAGAGAGUGUCUAGCCUUGGUUGUUUUUAUCCCAAUUGCUACAAAAAUAAAUGGGGAAAAGGA